AUGGCCUUUUGUUUACAAAAUCGGUUCAACAAGGACAAGGCUGUACCAGUGAAACAGCCGAACUCGCUCAUGGCCAACCAGGUCCAGGCGAACGACGCCGUACCAACGCAAAAGCCGGCCUCGUCGACGACGAACCCCGAAAUGACAGGCAACGCUACACCGAUGGAAGAGACGCCACCUUCAUCUUCAUCUACCAACGACAAAGUCGUAUCCAUGUCCAAAAUGUACUCAUCGAUGCAAGCCGUUUUCCUACUAGCGGACGAAAUGACCGGGGAGCUCUUGACCAUUCUGAAUACCAUCGCCUCUAGCCACGGGGCGACAGUGGACAAGGACAGCCUUGCUGGUCCGCUGCUCCGCCUGCACGAGCUCAUCGAAUACGCCAGCUACGAGGCCAAGGACGGCCUGACCAAGGCUCUCCGGGUCGACUUUCGCGACGUCGAGUCGCACCUACAAGCAGUCACGGCGCGACGGGAGCAGCUCCUGGCGGGCCGGGACAAGCUCAUCGAGAAGUGGCAAGAGGCCGCGCUCGUCAUGCAUCUCCCUGCAGAUCCCGACUUCUUUACUCACGUAUGCCGCCUUGGCGAGGAUCUGGAAGACACGCGUAGGCGAAUCGCGAACGCCGGGAAGCACGACGCCGUGGAGGAAGCCGUGGAGGUGGAGGCGGAGGGCCGGCCGCAGAGGAGCAGCGGCUCCGAGACGUCAUCGCCAAUGGUGCCUACCCCCGUGCAAAGCGACGGAACAAAUAGUCAGGAAAACACGCCCGACAGCUCGCAGGACAGCCACUCCAAGGUGGCAUCAAAGACGUCCGAAACAAUCUGUGAGAAGGGCGGCGAGAAGGGCGAACUCUGGAAGUGGCCGGCUAUAAUUCCGAGCAAGUGUACUUCCCUGUGA